CAUAGGUUUUCUGAGUUAUCUGUGGCGUAGAGUAGAGUAGUUUGUGGUUGAAAAUGUUAGUCGGAAGCUGUCGAAAAUGUUAAAUUCAAUUUUAUUAAAUAUUAGAACUUUAUCCAAUUUGGACUUCAUUUAGUUAAUCAUGUCGUAUUAAUGGCUAGUUUGUGUCUUCUUUUAAGUAAAACGAGGUAGAGAGUGCUUUUGGUGUAUAAAAGUCAUAAGACUUGGUGUCAUCUGACUGCUCUUCCUUCAAGAUGGCUCCUCCGCCGGAGUAUGAUAAGGAACCGAAAGCCCCGGAUAAAAAUUCACCGACUGUAGCAAAUGAAGAAAUAAAAGUUCACACUUUAGUUAACGACGUGCCAACGUUUUCCGACCAUAAAACUGCAAAUUCAACUUCCAACAUUGAAGUAGAGAAUAACAAACACGUGGAAAGCCUGGACGACGGACAACUGCGUGCACUCCUAGAUGAAGCUAUACAAUAUAAAUGUCCUAAGGAUCGCGAGGGUAAAAGCAGCCUCUUCAAGGAACUCCUGGAGGAGGUGGAACACCAAGACGAGGUGAGCGAAGCGGCUUCCCGCGGGUUUAUAGCCCGCGGCGGGCCGCACGCCAACUCUCUGCAAGACCUCAUGGCCGCUUUGAAAGUGGAGUCGACCUCGAGGCCGGUGCGCCACCAACCCCCUCCGCACUCGCAGACCUCCGUCUCUGCUCGAGCUAUCCACGGUGGCAGCUUGCCCUCAGGAGUAGACACAUCGUUCAUGUUAGCGGAGGAGCCGACUCGUGGCGGGUACUUAGCGACGGUGCGGUGCGUGAACCCGCCGCCGCUCGCCGAGCGCCGAGUCUCCGCCAGCGACGCCAAUACGCCACAAGAAAUGGAGCUGCUCAACAAAAGGAGUAAACCCAUGUUUCCUAUGUACACGGCGCGCGCGUCGCUGGAAAUCGGCAGCGGCAGCGUCAGCUCAGGCCGCGCGGUCACCACCACUACUCCCUCCAACCAGGUGGAUUCCACCAUUCCGUUCAGCUGCAUCACAACACCGGAGGUUGUGGCCAGUUGCAACACCAUUUCCUCUUCGGCACAGUCUGCCGUCGCUAUCGAUCCUAAGCAGCCCCGCAGCGUGAUUUCGAGUACGUUCAACGGGCUGCCGCUGUCGCGACCCAACUACGGCGCCACCGGCGCGGUCGCGUCCUCCGACGAGUACAAGGUGCCUAUAUUCACUGUGCACUACCGUUUACAGAAAUCUCUAGACGAAAACGGGAACGCCGUACAAGGAAUCGGCUCACCCGUCUCGGGGUCUAGUCAGCACAAGAAGCCGCGGAGGAAAAAGUCCUCUAAGAACGAGACCGUGAUCAAAUCGCACCAGAUCGACGGAUACCAGGGCAACAAGGAUCUCAACGAGGUGCUCAGGUUCAUAGAGUCCAACGCCGACGCGGGCCGCGGCGGCAAGCUGCGCGGGAAGCACAAAGACGACGACGACAAGGGCAAGAAGCGGUCCACCGAGCGGCGCAAGGCGCAGGAGAAAGUGAAGCGCGCCUCCUCGCUCGAGGAGCUGUCGCGCACCAAGCUCGAGGACCUCACCGACGCGCCCGAGCCGCCGCCCGCCAAGCCCGAGCGCCGCUCCUGGGGCGACGACGCCCGCGACGGCUUCUACUUCCGCGCGGCCGACGCCGAGCCCGCUCCCGACCAGGACUUCCAGACCGUCACCAAGCGCCGCAAGCCGCGCCGCGAGCGCGCCGAGCGCGACGAGCGGCCCGAGCGGGACCCGCGGCGCGCGCGCCCGCCCGAGCCGCGCGCCCGCCGCGAGUCCGCGCCGCCCUCCGACCGCAGCAACGACUCCAACGACGACAUGGACUCGGUGCACUCGCUGCCCGCGCCGCCGCGCGCGCCGCUGGCCGCGCCGCACGCCUCGUACGCGGACAUCGCGCGCACGCGGCACAACAUCCCCGACCUCAUCGAGUCGUGCAACUUCUACGCGGAGGGCGCGGGCGGCGGCGACUCCAAGCGCGCCGAGCCCGCGCCGCAGCCGGCCGACGCGGACGGCUACCCGGCGCUGGAGCCGCGCGUCGCCGCUCGCCGCGCCAAGCCGCCGGCGCCGGGCGCGGCGCGGCGCGAGCGCAAGGAGCGGGCCGCGGCGGCGCCGGCCGAGUGCCCGGCGCCGGACGUGGUGUCGGACCGGCGGCCGCCCGUGAUCCUGCUGGACGCGCAGGCGCAGGCGCGCGACAUGGACGGCGUGACGUUCGGGUUCGACAUCAACGAGACGCUGCUGGCGGGCGCGCGGCCGCGCUGCGACCUGGUGGCGGGCGCGGACGCGGGGCGCGCGGUGGCGGUGAGCGCGGGCUGCGCGGCGCUGCGCUUCCUGCUGCCGGACCCGCCGCCCGACACGCAUCACCUGCACCAGAUCAUCGAUUACGUCGGAUCAGCAUGGGAGGACGUGAUCCGCUGCGGGUCCGGCAAGGUGCGCUACUUCAGCGAGUAGCCGCGACACGGACGUUCAAUAUCUAAGAAUUCUCUCCGAAAUGGAACCAAAACAUACAGUCUUAAGUGAAUGACAUACGGAUGAUAAUCGAGUGUAAAUAUGAAAGUGUCGCGAUCGACUCGUGUGUGCACACGUUCGUAUAUUUUGUCGUUGCUUUAGAUAAAAUAAGUCAAAACGAAAAAUCUUCCAUAGUGCAGCGAGUGAGUCGAAAGACGAAACAUGGUGAAAAUGUAAAAGUGAACUUAGACAAGAACGCCACCAAACGAUUACACCUUCUUAAUUAGUGUGUUCGCUGUGAUUAAAGGUAAUGAUUGUUUUCGCUUAUGAAUAGGAACGAGAGCUACCUUAAGCAUUUAAUCAUUAAACAUGCACAUAUAAAAAAAACUAAAAAAAAUAUUGAAAUUGUUAUUGAUUAGUCACCUCGUAAAUUGUUAAGUAUUUUCGGCCCGGGGCGACGACCUAUUUCAGUUUUGAAUUAAUUAAUUAAAUUUCUCUUGCACAUAAUGACUACAAUAAGAAUAAAAAAAAACACUGAAAUUAGGACUGACUAA